AAUGACACCGCCAGCGAUUCAAAAUGUGAUGAAUACUUCAGCAAGAUGGAUCCGGUGUCUAUCAAGUUCCUUUCCUCAGAUGAGUUGGCAGACUUCAAACACCCGCUCAUUCGCAUCGUGAUGGUGUUCCAGGGCUCACGGAAUGGGGUUAAGAUGAAUCAAUUUGGCGCUAACCGGAGGAAAGGCUAUACGUCAUAUGACAUUGUCUGCCGAGGUGUCACGAACGAGACGUAUAAAGUGAUCGGACCCGAUGAUAAUGAGGACUGGAGAAGGUGUUUGUGCAUUUUAGGAGGCUACAAGGAAUAUCUCAGGUAUCCAAAUGGAACGUCUAUGAACUCGGAUGAUGAGGGAGAGGCCCGCUCUCGAUAUCCUGGUGCAUUUCCUACAGAAAAACAUCCGUAUCUUUGGCUCAAAAAGGAGAAGAAAGAAGACCAAGAAAAGGAAGGGGGAAGGGGCUAA